AUGCACUCUCCACGGCGGGCUGAGAGAGAUCCUGAGCUGGAAAAGUAUUUGGCUCGCGUGGAGGAACUUGAUAACGAGAGAAAUGGCUCAAAAACCACCAACAACGAGGAUUUGAAUAAUAACUCUAAAUAUCGACCGCAAGACCUGGAAAUAUCUAAAAAACUGCUCAAUGGUGAAUAUCCUGUGUUAGAGGACAAAUUUGCGAUUCCAAAUCUCGGAAGAACUUCCGAAAUGGCUUACAGAUCGGCCUACAACUACGAAAAAUCGUUUUCUCCAAAACGCAACUCAAACCGCCAGAACUCGCCUAUAAGGGCCGAUAAACAAUCUGGAAAGCGGAGUUAUGGUGAUCACACUGAUAUAUCUGUUUCACGGUUCGAUUUCCGCGAUUCUGGGAGGCAGUACACCAUUUCAGAAGAAGAUUACAUUCUCUUGACGCAAUUGAAGCAGGGCCUUAUUGAUUCAUCAUCGCCACAAUUAAAGGAAGAGGUUAAAAAGUAUCCAUCGCGAGGUAAAGCGAGGGUUACGAGAGAUUCUCCCCCUUCUUCCAGUCGGCCAACUAAACAUGUUGAAAACUACGGUAGUGACUACCUCGCCAAAGAUGACCCCACGCCUCCACCAUUGCCUUUAAGGAAACGAGUAGACGCAUCCACGACUUUUACCACUCCUAGCAAAACCGCACCAGUCAAGCCACCAAGACCACAGACGCUGCAUUCUGCAUCUGACAAUUUUAUAGACAAGCCAUCUAGCUUACCAGACCCUUCACUUCCCAGGUCGGCACUCAAUGAAGUUGGCACAACCCCUUCAAAGGCUGGCUCUAAUUCCUAUCUGACAUCUCUGCAGAAAAACAAGGUCACUGCUACCACUCCGUCGAAAUUGGACCUUAGCCUGAAACUGACGGGUGGCUCUCGGAUCCCUGAAACGCCUUUGAGCUCUGCUCAGAACAAUAAAGUUACUACCAUGACUUCACACAACAGCCAAGUGCCGAAAACGCCACCUCAGAAACCGAAUCGUCCGCCUCGGUCAUUUGUGACAUCUGCUCUAAAGGGCGAGAGUUCUAAGACAGAGCAUCUAGGAAAACCGCUGAAGAUCCCACCACCUCGAAAGCAUUCUAUUGAAAAAAAUGUACCAAAUGAGUCAACACUGGAACUCAAAGAACUUAAGCUUAAACUCAGAAACGCUGAGACGCAGGUCGACAACAACCGCGAAACCCAGACAGGCACUGGAAUCUUAUCAGACGUCAAGUUAAGUGUCCCUAAAACUCGGAAGUCCACCACCGAUGACAAAAUCCUGGCUAUUCAACGACAGCAGGCUUUAAGAACUCCACCGGCAGCUCCAGAAAGAAAAGUUUCAGAGCCUGAAGUAGUUGGUAAAAGGAAGUCACUCAUAAAAGCACCACCUAAACCUGAAAGAAAGCCCUCAGUGCCUGAGGCUCUUAAUAAAAGAGAAAGUCUGACGAAAGCACCCCCUAAACCAGCAGUGAAGGCUUCGCUGCCAGAGGCAGUUUCUAAGCUCUCUUGCCUCUCCAAGGCUCCUCCAAAACCAGCUCGCAAGAUAUCCAUGCCCGAAGCCCUGCAAAGACUUGAGCGGAUGAAAUCAAAAAACUUAAAAGAAGGAACAAUAGGAGGGGAUAGCGGUUACCGGGAUAAAAUUGGGCAGCAUACCAGCAACGAGGAGGAAGAAGCGAUAAUUUUAGCCAGAAAGCUCAAAAACAGUCAAAACAACAAAACUACUUCUGUUUCAAAGCUCGAUAAUAAUGUUCCUAUUGCAGUGCUUCCGACAGCGCAGGCUGUUGAUGUCAAACUUGCGAGACUACUAAGACCUGCCACUGAAGACAGUGCUAAAACUUUGGAGCCAAGCCAAUCCAAUAUUAAUUCUCUGGCACACCCGACCAAAGGACGAGCGCGGGGGCCUAAGAGAAAACCUCCCAAAACUGUGUAA